GUUUUUAUAUCAGCGUGCCGGGAAGCGAACGAGCAAUUUCUGGGAAAUGCGACGGAGGAGUCGGUGUUCACAUGGCAGGUGAACAGCUCGGAUCUGGAUUCUUUAAUGCAAAAUGGAAAAUGUGGUGAUGGCAGUGCUAAUACAACAAGUUUCCUAGUGCGUCUUCACUGCUGGACUGAACAGGCCUCCGGCGUACUUUUUUUCCAGCGUGACAGAAGAGACAAAGGAAACCUACACAGCAGCAAGCACUUUAAAAACGAGCCACAAUUAAUGUUCAGAACCAGCCUGAGUUUGAGCGACGGUGAAACACGUACAUUUGGCGCUGCCGUACCAAAUGUUAAUCGUGGCUUGCAAAUCCUGCUCAAUGUUACGUAA